ACACAAAACUGACCUGUCAGUUCCCACCAAGAGAAGAGUCUCUUGUUUUCAUUCUCAGAUGCACACUUGAAGCAGGAAACCUGGAAGAUUGUUUAUAAAAUGGCUGAGCACGUUCAAAUGAGGCAAGGACAUUCAACAGAGCGAAGAGAUGCUCAGGAAGAACUUUCAUGAACAUUACAUAAAAUAUGAGGCUCUUUAAGUAUCAAUUUUCUUUUCAUCCAGAGUUCUUGGAUAAAUUAAUAAAGCAUUUAACAGCCAUUAAUUAAGCAGGGGACAUUUUAAGCAAAGAAAAGAUAAACUUCAAGUGGGCAAAACUGUGACAGCAAUUCAGAAAAGUGAAGUCGCUGGAGUGAGCACACCAGAGAUUCAUCCGGAUGAUCACGUAUCUUGCUACAGGUAUCACCAACCUAUAUUUAGCCACCUUCUGGAAAGACGGUUCACUGAUACCAGCUAGAUCAGCACAGGAAUUUGUUUGAUGUGCUUAAGAGAUUGGUAACAAUAGCUCCUAACGUGACUGCGUUGCGAGGUGACAGUGUUUCCUUGGAGACAGUGAAUCCAUACAGCCCCAGCCAGGAUCCUUGCAGGUUACCUCUCCAGAGGAUGUAGAACUACCUCUCUAUGCAGGGACAAAGAUGGGAAGAUAAGCUUUGGCUGUAGACAAAUAGCCUUACGCAAGAUGUGAGGAUUUUAUGAAACAACAAGACAUGUCUGAAAGUUCCUCAGGUCUGACUACCAGCAAUCAGAAAUUCUGGAAACCCUAUUCCUCCUGCCGCUCCGUCCUAAGUGAUACACACGCUAUUGCACCAGUCUUCUCACAGAACAGAGGAAUCGCCAGGCAGAACUGUGAUUCUGGGCUGCUUUCCCCACUUCCUUCUGAUUCCUUCAAGUAUCUUGGCUGGUGUGACAUAGAAGAACAUGAUGUUCGAGGAAAUCAGCUUCAUUGUCCCCGAGUGAGAGAAGGGCCCUCAGAAGAAGAGCUGUUUUUCAGAGGAGAAGAACAUACUUUGAAAAAAAGAAAACAAGUAACUGACACAGAAAAGUGGCAAAGGAAGCUGCAAGAGAACUGGGAAAACUGUGCUGAGUUGAACCUUUCAUUUCAGGACCUGGGUGAUCUUUACCAGGUGGAAAACUUCAAAAGGAUUCUCCAAAAACUGAUUCGGGUGGAAAAACUUUGGUUGGUGGACAAUUCUUUGACAGAUCUAAGUGCCAUAAGGUUGCCAAGAUGCAGAGAACUAAAUGUCAACAGAAACCACUUUACAUCCUUCAAACAGCUGCCAAAGGUACCUCAGAUUCAGCAUUUAUCACUUGCGGAAAAUAACAUUCUGACACUAAGUGGAAUAUCAGACUUCAGACAUACUCCACUUGAAUCCCUUAUACUCAAGAGGAAUCCCUGUGAGUUUCAAGAAAGAUACAGACAACUUGUAUUCUCCAGUUUGCCAACUUUGAAAAUGCUGGAUGGCAUCCCAAAACUGCCAGAGGACUGUUCAACCCCAGAUAUCAGGGGUUUUGUCAAAAUGUGUACUAUACUCUAGCGCUGUAUUUUUGUAGGAUCCCAGACAUGCUAGAGUCACCUCACUUAAAAGGUACAAUAAAUCUUGUAUAUGGAAGUUACUGUAUUUUGUUAUCAAAGAGAUAUGGAAGCAGAAAUAUAAUUAUUUUGAAUGCAUUUGUGAUACUGCAGACUUCAAGUAAGUAUUGAUUAGUGUCAUGUAAAUAAGACAUAAUGUGUAUGCUGAGUGUCAUGAGUUUGUUGUAUUAAAAAUAUUGGGUGACUUUCUUGUCUAGGAACUCUGUGUAGACAACAAUUCACAAUUAUUGACUCCCACUGCAUUUACUUAAAAUAUGUCCAAGUUCAGACCACAUGUCCGUUAUUGGAAAUGGAACGUGGAUUAACAUCCAGGAUGAAGGAGAGAAGAAAAAAAAAAACCAAACACAAAAUUAAAGAACAGGCUAUGCAGUUCUCCCCUUUAUGUCCCACUACUGUCCUAGUAUUCUUUAAUGUACUUUGUAGAUGGGAAACACAGACCCAUCCCAAUCAUUUUUCCACGUCAAAAUUUUUAAAAAUAAUGAAAAAAAUCCUUGCUUGGGAAUUUGGUAUGGCUAAGAGCAUUGGGGAGGUAAAUCACGACAGAGGAAAGAAAUCUUUCGACUUGUUGCUGGUGUUGUUUAGGAAUGUUUUGUUUCUUAAUAGAGGUUCCUCAAACCAGAGCCACAAUGAGGGAAAAGAGCUGUGGAAGCUGAAAAGGGAUUUGUAAGGACUCCCCAGGAUAUCUGAAUACAAUUAUUUUGAGAAGUAUCUGUCCUUGUCUUUGAUUCAUUUGCUGUUCAAUUUUAGUUUUCCAGGCAGCUCAUACUGACUCACAAAUAGCUGUGCCACUAAUGGUUCAGGAAAAGAAUGACAGAGUCCUGGAAAAUGAAGACAAUUAACAGAAUUGCCUAAUUUCAGAGACAGUCAAUAAAUUCUCUGCUGUGCAUUGGCUGCAGGCUCGGUUUGGUUCAGUUACAGGGGGAGGAGUAAUGACUGCUCAGCCCUGUCGAGCUCUGCAGUGCAAUGACUUAGCAGCAGAAAGGUCGCAGCAGCUCUGUAUAAUGUCUCUAUUGGAUUCAGGCAAGAGAAAUGACCACCCUGAAAAGCUUCCAGGCUCUCCCUUAAGACUGUUCCUACAUUUCCCGCAGCCUAGCAGU